AUGACGACCACCCCCUUCGAAGUCCUAAUCGUAGGCGGCGGCAUCGGCGGGCUUACAACUGCACUCGCCCUGCACAAACAAGGCCACGACUCACAGAUAUUCGAGCAGUCGCAUCUAGCGAUAGAAACAGGCGCAGCACUGCAUCUGGCGCCGAACGCAAAUCUGCACGGGGUGGAAUAUGUCAAGAAGGACGGCGGGCCCGAUAUUGCCUGGUAG